AUGUUGAUCUCGUCGACAUAUGCCUUUGCCUCACCACCUCUGAUUUGUUCCACGGCCACUUAUUCCCGACUCCAACCCCCAUCUCGAGAUACGAUCGACAUCUCUUCUUCUUCUUCAUCUUCAUCUUCAUCUUCUCCCCCCCCCAUCUGACCUUGCUCUCUCAUUUCCCGUCUUCCUGUCUGCUGUCUGCCGUCUGCCGCCGCCACCUGGCCACCACCACCACCAACGAACGAGCCGACACGUACCCAUCCCCGAUCUGCGGGUAAAGCGUUUCAAAACAGUCGCGAAUGGCUUGCAUCUUGCAUCUCGCAUACACGCACACCGUAUUUUUCCCUUUCGUCUCUCUUCUCCAUUCAUUCAUUCAUUCCCACUCCACUGUCUGUCA